UCAGUAUCACAGUGCAUUCCGUGGCUUGUCGUGUUCAUCAUUGAAUAUCUGGCUAUUAUCAUCCUUAAUUUGAUCACGAUUAUUGUACUGAUAAAGAACCAAAAGCUACAGCGCCGGAGUACAUAUCUAAUUGUCCAUCUGGCGAUCGUUGAUCUCUUGGUAGGAGCAGUGUCUGCCCCUGAGAAGAUAAAAUGGAUGGGGAGUUUUUGUAAUCUGUGGAGUAUCGGUUGGAAAAAUCCCGUAUUAUCUUUGGUGUUCUCCUUUGCCUUCCCUCUUGCUUCGCUGGUAAAUCUGACUGCAAUUUCGCUUGAGCGGGCACAUGCAACAUUUUGUCCAUUCAAGCAUCGUUUUAUGAAGAAAUGGGUUUAUGCAGUUAUAAUUAUUUUAAUUUGGUUGAUUGUAGCCGCCUGGAUAGGAAUAAUAAUGAUGAGUAAUGAUUUCCUUAUCCACUUUAUGAUGUUUUCGGCUUUUUUCAUCUUAAUGUCUUUAACUAUUGUUUCGUACGUUUCUAUUUUUGUCAAAGUCCGCUUUCAUCGUCAACUGCGUCACAGUAACACAGCGAGGGAAAGAAAAUUGACAAGCACUUUAUUCAUUGUGACCAAUAGGAUUUGCAAUUACUUGGUUUCCACUGAUAAUAUAUCUAGUUGUGUUUCAUCCCCAUUCAGCUUACAAUAUUACCAGGCGGUCAUUAUUCCACAUUGAAAGAGCAGCAGCGGUUUUAUUUAUGGCUAAUUCUGUUAUAAACCCUAUGAUCUACGCCAUGAGGAUGCCAGAGUUAAGGCAAGGUAUAAUGCAAAUCAUCUUCCGCCGGAAUCCAUUCCGUCUGAAUCCGGCUGAUAUACCAUUACGUUAGCUCUUGCUCAAUUACCAUUUUCAACCCCUUACGAACAGAGUACUGCGAGUGACCAUCAUAAAUGAUUUCCAUAGAAGCACUGAGAUCUAAUUGAUCCUAGUCAGCGAUUUCAAGUCAGAAAGGUGUGAAAAUUGGCAAAAGUCUUCUAUAGAUAUAUUUUUUCCAACUUCUUUUCUCUGCUUUUUUUUUUUUUGUAAAAGCUAUUGCAAAUUAAUUACUUAUGUAGAGACAAUUAGAGUAUUUUCCAAUUAACAAAAGUCCCAUGGAUAAUAUGUUUAUUAAUCUUGCCAGAUCGCAAGUUAGGCAUUCUAGAGAAUAGAGAAAGAGCAGCGACUUCCAAAGAGCAAAAAUACUUAUUGGUUGACCUUUGUUUGUUAAAAAUGCCAAAAUUUAACAGCACUAAAUUUAAUUGAAUUGAGUUUUUUUCUUUUUUUUUCUGUAUGGCAGCGGUUCCUCCUGCAAACUAAACGUGGGCCAGGUGCCUAGCACGGACCAUAAACAAAGAAGCCUCAUCGUUUCAUUGUUUAUGCGUUUGCCUGUUUUGCUUAUCUGGGAUAGUUAUGUAUGUAAAUGGACUAUGAUAUGUAAGUCAGCGUUGUGAAGCCAGACUGAGUCAGAUUAUGACAUUGUGGUAAUAAAGGGACCAUGCCAUGAAGUGUUGAAAUGAACAAACCACAGAAUUUGUUACGGCCUGGAAUGAAAACAAAAUAUAUAAUAAAAAUUUUCGACGGAUCUUAGUCUGAAACUGAAAACUAAGCGAAAUAAUGUUGAACCCCACAUCAAGUUUGCACUCUGCCCAGUCCUCUUCCAUCAAAAAGAGUACACCCCAUGGAAGACAACACGUGCACCCCCACCUCUACCAUUUCGCUUCCAAGACUUUCAACCCGUUUCCACACGACAGAUUAAGUUCCUUCUCUGAUUGAAUCACAUUUUCAGCUCGAUCGACAUGCAAAUUGACCACGAACCCGGAAGGAUAGCUUUUCGCAAAUUUCUUUCUGUUAUAAUCUAGACGCGAUUGAUUUAGCUAGGCAAACUCUCUAUAUUGAACGAAUCGUUUUGUAACUGGAUUGACAGUGUUUUUUCCCUAAAAUUCGCAGCCAACGAAUAGAGCCAGUUCCAACCUUUCGCUGACUCAAGAAAAAGAACUUCAACAUCAUUUUGCCAAAACCCACUUGGUAACCUGGUUAUUGCGGUUAGUUUCCAAUCCUUCUCGAUCGACUUAGACAUUCACGAGGUACUUGGCUCAACCUGAUAUAGCUGUAAGUUUCAUGAUUAUUUUUAUUCUCAUUUUACUCCGGAGAUAUAAGUAUCACCUUACUGCGACCAAAUACAACGCCUAUACAUGGAACUGUUAAGCACGCCUACUAAGCUGAAGUUAUGUUUUUAUGCUUGCAUAAGAUGCGAGCUCACCCUUUAAACUGUGCAUUUUCACUUCUGCAAGCCGUGGCUUAUGUAAGUCCACGGUUUGGAGCACCUCUAAAUAAGCCACGGCUUAAGAAGAAGCAUAAUCACUUGUAUAAACGGUUUUGCGUCUUGUUUGUGACUUACGCAAGACGCUAGCUUACGCUGCGCAAGCGCAAUUUUUUCCCGCGCGCUUGUGGGCCCUUGUUGCAAAUUGUUGUUGACCGCGCUCGCCCUUGUGGGCACUUGUUGCAAAUUUUUGUUGGUUAAAGGCAACAUUGCAUUCAAACGAGACCGCCUCAAAAAUUAUACGCGAGCCAUCUAUACGAGCAUUUCGUAGACUAUUUAAGUCGUGCUUGUAUAAACUGUCCAGUUUGUGUGACAGUCAAGCCGCAGCUUGUGUAAACCGAGGAUUAUUUUCUUCUAAUAAAAGGCCCUAAAAAAUCAAUGAGUUAUAGAUUCUCCAACAAAUAUUUGGUGUUGGAAAAUUCUUGAUUACUGUACUUCAAUAUCAAGUAUUUUCCAUUAAGUAUCACUCAGUAUUACCUGAUGAUAGCCAGCUCAUGUCACUGAACUUGAAUAAGUCACGUCUAGGCUGAAACAUGGGUAUGAAAACAUAUCUUUGAUCUACGUGGGUGCAGCUGAUCUUUACAUCCAACACGCAACACAGGAUUACUGUAAUCAAAUCUCGCACGAGGAAUCAUUAUUGAGAAAUGGGAGCGGACGUUACCAAAGGUUCCAACACACCCAAUUAUAUGUACCUCUGCCAUGCAAAUGAAAUUGAAGAUUGAGGACGCAGGAAUGUCUAAAUGAGUAAUUGAUGGAAUGAAUCACAAAAUAUUUGGUAUGCGAUCACAACUUGAUUACUCAGCAAGUAUUACCCAUUGCAUAUUUUUUGAUAGCACCCUUCGAUAACGCACUUGUGUCACCGAUCAAUGAUAUAUUACGUCUGGGAAAAACUAUCGCUAUAUAUAGCUGACAUUUAUCACUGUUAUCUCGCCUCAUGAUCCAUCAAAUAUUUUUGCUUGCGUGCGAUUGUUCUAAAGGGACCUCCAAACGCAGCACGUUACCGAAUACCCCACGUCUAAAACCGGGUUAUCUCCGAGAAUAUCACCCAAACGAUAUCCCCCAACUUUCAAACCUUACAUUCACUGUGAUAAGUCUUCGUUUUACAUUUGAUUCAAGAUGAGAGAGGGUUUUGUGGUUAUUACCGACUGAAAGGGAAUUCUUUUUUGUUCAUUAAGUUGUACCAGAGAACACUCAAAAUACAUCCCACGCUGCAUACAGUAAGCUGUUCUGAAACAAUUCUUCGCGCGCGUUACAAAAUAUUUAAAGGAUAAUAAACACAAUAGCCUCUGUUUUUCGCUAAAGUGUGUACGGACAUAUUUUUGCGCUAAAUAGAGGGCUUUGUUUAUUUAUAUUUGCCUUAUGCCUUCACUUGCAUUUUCUCAAAAUAAAAUUUAUGACCUCGACUUACACAGGAGGAUCUUUUGAAAGCUGAGCAGAGCUAGUUAGAGCCGUACCUUUAUUAAGUUCAUUUAAAAGUGCAAUGAACUAUUUAUUGAGCAACAACACAACAACACUUGAAACUCUCCGAGGAAAUGUGGUGCAAACAGUAAACACCAGCCGGUAGAUGAACCAAUAUUUGACGUAUAAAGAAAACUUCCUGUAGGCAUUUUUGGUCUGUAAUUACAUUUUGACCUCUCGAGAGUUGGACCUGUAUUCAGCCUCCUUGACCGUCUGCAUCAAGAACGUAUCGUGUCUUUUUUUAAGCGCGCACUAUGAUUGGGUUGUUUUUGUAUUUUGAAGAAUUUAAAUAUUGCGAGUUGAUUCUUAUCUCUUGUGAGAUAAAAGAAGAAAAUGUUUUAACGACGAAUUCAGCAGGAUUUGUGAGAUCUUGAAAAGUUUCAGUUUACUUAACCGAUUGAGCCAUUAGUGGACGGUUCACUGAAACUUUGUGGCUGUUGCUGAAAUACUUUGGAAGCUGGAUUGUUUCCAUAAUUAUUUAUUCCAUAAUUAUUAACUCAGCGAACUUUUUUCCACUUUUUUCUUAAUUCAGUUCAUCGGGUGUCUACCAACACAAGCAACAACGCAAUGGCUAACAACACCAUGGAAAGUACUCGUAAUAACAUGAGCGACGAGAAAUUGAUAUCGAAUGCUACAUUCGAUUGUAUUCCGUGGCUUUUUCUACUCAUCAUUGAAUGUCUGGCCAUAGUCAUUUUUAAUGCUGUCAGUGCUUGUGUACUCGUGAAGAUACGUGCUUGAUCAUCCACCUGGCGAUAGUCGAUCUUUCAGUGGAGGAGUGGCAGGUCCCGUGUUCAUCCAAGGAUUAGGAGCUUCCUGCAAUCUGUGGGAGAACGUAUUAAAAACGCGUUAAAAAUUGGGUCUAUGGAGUUAUAAUUAUUGUAACUCUCGCGCUGGUGGGAGACCAUGUCCACAGAAAAGGCAGCUACGUUGAGUUUUUGUCGUUUCGUCUUUUUUUUGUUCUUCUCCUUUUACUAAUUUCUUUUCCUUACAUCUCAAUUUUUGUGAAAGUCCGUUUCGGUCACCUUCUGCCAAAUCACAGUGAAGCAGCUGCGAGGGAACGAAAAUUAACGAGUACGUUAUUUAUGGUGACUCUUGCAUCCAUGCUUGCGUGGCUUCCAAUGGUAAUUGAACGAAACAUAAACGCUUAUUAUCCCCAUUUAGUUAACAGGAUGUUUUCCGGUCACAUUUUCAGGGCAGUGCUGCUGCUGUGCCUUGGCAACUCACUGGUGAAUCCCAUAAUAUACGCCAUGCGGCUGCCAGAAUUAAGACAGGACAUGAUGAAAAUCAUAUUUCACCGCACAUCAAACAGAUCAAACGAGGGUGAUACUCCUCUUUAA